CUACCCGGAGGAACAGACACCGCUGCAUCUUUCGCAUUCGAGAAGGAGGACCACACUCUCGGCAACGCGCUGCGAUAUAUGAUCAUGAAGAACCCCGAUGUCGAGUUCUGCGGCUACUCAAUUCCACAUCCUUCAGAGGCAGUCAUGAACUUGCGGAUACAGACAUGGGACGGCGUGAAUGUUAUGGAAGUUCUUCGCAAAGGCCUCGACGACCUCUCAGACAUGUGCGAUGCUGUUGAGGAGAAGUUUACCACUGCGCGCGACGAGUUCAACGAGGCAAAUCCAGACCGCGUGAGCAAGAGGUAA